UUCAAAUUAUCUUCAUUUUUUUCAAGCGGGAGCGGAUCCGAAGAUCCGCGUUGCUGUGAGUGAUCAGCUCAAAGAUCAAAGUUGUCAGAAAAUUGUAAACUUUAUUUUCAAGAAAAGAUAUAUCGAAAAAGAGGCAUGUGUUCGUACCAAGGAAAUUACAAAAGUUUCAUCCCAUCGGAGCUUUUAUUGAGCAUGCAGACCCAAAGGUCUCACCUGUGUGCGAAGGCCUGCAACAUACCGUACAGGCAAGCUGAUCAAAAGUUAUCAAUGGAUGAUAUGGAAGAUUAUCUUAUUAUUAAUUUGUUUUCUUCGAUUAUGAAAAAAAUGGUCGGUAAAGCAGCCACAGAUAAUAACUGGUGAGGCAAGAAUAAAGCGAGCAUUCGUACCUACUGACGGUGUGUCGCAAUCGGAACAUUUUAAUGACGAGCAUUUACCAUGAAUACCAGCCAAAGCCCACUACCAAACAUGCUGUCAAAUUUUCACGAUUCACUGAAUCCGAAAUCCCGAACAGUGAGCUACGCAGUCACAAGCGCAUUCGUUCGUUCACAAGUCGCCGGUACCGCCGCGGAAGCUGAUUAUUUAUCGGAAGUCCAACAAGGUCUACAAUUGAACGGAGAUGUGAAUAUUCUCAGUCAAAUGGAAGGAACGCAGGAUAUAUUAUGCAUCGCCUAUACGGAACAAUGUGAAAUGCUAGCAGCGGGUAUUUCGGACGGUUCGAUAAGAAUGUUCAAAGUAAAAUCUGGGCAGUACAUGACUGCGCUUCGGGACGCCGAAAUGCGACAAAAUCCUGGACCGACGACUGCUAUAAAACAUCGCCCCCUUCGAAAAUCCCAUCCCAUAACGCAGACUCUGACCGCGACGUGUCAGUAUCUAAUUUCCAAUCGAUUGAAAGCAGAUUGUUCACCUGUCCAUAUUUUAGAUGCCACCGGCUGCGUAAAAUGCUGGCAUUACCCGACCGGGCAGUGUCUCUACACCAUCAGAGAACGAAGGCAAACCUUAGGGCUGGGGUACCACCCUUCUUUACCAAAAUUCGUAACCGUGGGCGACGAUACGAACAUUUAUCUUUACGACGAAGAGACCAAAAUACAAGAAAGAGUAUUUCACGCCAGCAACGCACCCGAAACGAUGAACGGCCACACUUCUCGAGUUUUUUGCGCUUGUUUCAACCCGAAAUCGGCCCACGAAUUAAUCAGCGGCGGCUGGGACGAUACCGUGCAAUUCUGGGACACGAGGCAACCGUACGCAACGCGCCGAAUUUCAGGUGUUCACAUGUGCGGCGAUGGAAUCGAUAUAAGCAAGAGCGGAAAGGAGGUCCUAACUUGCGCUUGGCAACGAAAGAAUCCUCUUCAGCUGUGGGAUUACGGUUCAGGAAAAUUGAUGGUCACCAUAGAACCGGAUAUAUUCAAUUCCCAAUUGUAUUGCGGAAAAUAUAUAAAUAAUUUAUUCGUCGUUUGCGGCGGCGGUGAUGCAAAUCUUCUCAGAGUCGUCGAUCUGCGUUCUCAUACGACCGUAGCCUCGGUGAGAAAUCUUCCCGGAGCGGUAUUCGAUCUGGACAUCGGUCCGAUUAAUACGAAGCACACGAAACGUUUGAAGAACGACAUACCCCAGUUACCGAAAAUGGCGUUCUGCAGCACGAAAAAAAUUUACGAAAUCGAAAUCGGCUGAAAACGGCGCUUCGUAAUCACGUUUAAUUCAUUAUUGAAGUAAUUAUAUGAAUAUUGUGGCGACGGUGUCGAGUACAACAAUAUCAAGCAAUAAACAAUGUAUUUCAUUUGAUACAAACUAUGGUACAAAAUUUAUACAGAACAACGCACAGUUUCUUUGAUAAGACAGUAGUUUCUUUUUAUUAUCUUUUAAACACACACUUAAGCGAGA